AGGGCCACAGCCAUUGCCGUCUCGAACUCCAGGCCGUCAGGUUACUAGCUUUUGUUUAUUGUGACGUCAUCGUAAGAGUCGUGACAUUUGUUCGCAUCGUUUGAAUAUAUUGUACUUUUUGGUGUUUUUGAGAGUGUUAUUAAGUAAUUUGUUGUUGUUUACGAAUUUGUUGUUUUGUGGUUGCGUUGUAGGGAAUGAAUUUUGUGUGUUUAUAGUCUUGUGUGACGUGAUUUUGACAAUUAUAGGUUAGGAUAGUUUUGCAUUAUUUUUGUUUAUAAAUUUGGUUUUAUUGUUUUUAAUCGUUUAAUUUGGUAAUAAAUAAGCAGAUAAGGCAUAUUUCAGUCUCUAAACCUAACAUACUUAAUCCUAUUGCAUUCCUAAUUUUAGAAAAUGCCGAAUAAGUGUUGUGUUCCCAAUUGUGUGUCUAACAUGAAUGGUCCUUAUGUACCUAUGUUUUCCUUUCCCAAACAAGAAUCCCUGCGAUCAUUAUGGUCAAGAAAGAUACCCCGAACUAAUUGGACUGUUACCAAGAACAGUCGUGUUUAUGUGAAAUAUUUUCGGGAUGAUUUUAUAAUAAAAUAUCACGAAGUGACUAGAGAUGACGUAAAAUUCUUCGUCAUAUUCUUAUACUUUCGAUCACACUUUUACGACUAAUUUAAAACAUAUUUAGCGAAUAAUAACAUGUUGCAUUCCAUAAGAACCUGUGUUAAAACUUGGAUAAAACGGUCGUCUUUAAGUCGCGGUUAUUCAAAAUUUAGGCCCAUAAGGAGAAUUUUUGUAUUAAUAGACGUAACUUUAGACGUUUAAGUACGGCUAGAUGGUUUAAACUAUCAAAAAAUAUAAACUUUAAUAUAUGUUUUUCGGGUAAUAACAAACGGAUAAGGUACUUUAAAUCACAACGUAUGUCACUAUAAAAAUUAUAGUUGACCGUUCGUUGACCACAUUUGCAGUAUCAGGAUUCUUUAGAUACACUUUUCCGUCGUUUCUUGCAUAAAACGUUGGACGCAACAUAGUUAAAAUUAAUUUUUUGCAAAAAUUCAGAAAGUUAGGUUAUGAUCAUUUAGACUCUUACUGUGACGUCACAAUGUCAACAUGCAGGCCUGGAGUUCGAGACGGCAAUGCCACAGCCGACAUACCGUCAUCGUGGUUAAGGUUAUGUUUUUGUAAACAGCGCCAAAAAUACAGCAAAAUGCAACAACGGGAAGAAAAACAACUCGAAUCGUCUCUCGAUUCCAUAAUCCAGCGUGUCAACGACCUAAAAUCAUCGAUAGCUUCAAUGAUUUACAAGGUGGAGAAUGAAUAUGAGACCCUCAACUGGCCCACAUUUUUGGACAAUUACGCCCUUAUGUCCGGCCAACUCACCUCCCUUUCGAAGGUUUUAAGCCACGACAAAUGCCCCACCCUCAGAAAUCUCACAGUACUGCCCCUCAUGUUGUCCCCCGAGCGGGACGAACAAUUGGCCCAAAUGACCGAACACAGAGUCACAACCUUCGCCCAUGAUUUAGUCCCAGAUUAUCUUCGAACCAAACUAGAACCGUUGGCGGAGAAUAAAAUGAUGCAAUUGGAACACAAGGCGUCAACUUUAUCGUAUGAGAACGCACAGAAACAAAUUGCUGCGUAUCAAAAGGUUGUGUCCCACGUUUGGGAACUGGUGAGUAAAGCGAGGGAGGAGUGGGAAGUUGAGUCUUCCGCCAGGGGAAGUACGCAGCAGAAUUCCAGUGUGGCUGAUACUCACUCGCUUGUGGCGGCUGUUGGAAUGGGGAAGGGACUCAAGAUGGGGGCGAACCCUAACGGUCAGCCCAAUCCCACGUCGGGAGGGAUGAUGGUGCCUCCGCAGGGGCGCCCAGGGGGCACUCCCGGGCAAGGACAGAUGCCCCCCAGCACGCAAACCAUGACGAUGAAUAAGGCGCCCUCUGCUAUUAAGACUAACAUCAAAAGUGCCACCCAAAUACAUCCAUAUGGACGCUAGUGAAAUAGUUUUUAAUGUGUACGGAGAUAUAUUUAUUUAUUAAGAUAUAAUCUUACAAAAAUAACUAAAUAUAACAGUGGAAACAAAGAUUAA